ACUCCUCCUCAGACUACACGCUCACUCUUAAGGCUUCUUCUGCGGGACAGCUGAGUUUCCGUGCUGGCGCAUGCGCUGUGCAUCCGUCGGAGUAUGAGGAGCAGCUGAGGAGCAGAUCCGGAGAUGAAGACUCCACCAGACAGGUCAGGAAUCACCUUCGAGGUCGGAGCUCAGCUGGAGGCCCGAGAUCGACAAAAGAACUGGUAUGCUGCCACUAUUGAGAAGAUCGACUAUGACAAGGAGCGGAUUCUGGUCCACUACCGCCAGUGGAGCCGUCGACACAACGAGUGGUUCCACUGGAGCUCGCCGUACCUUCGUCCGCUGGAGCGCGUCAGCCUGAGGCGGCAGGGCCUGACGGCGCCGCAGGCCCAGCCGGUUUUCGUUUUGGGCUCCAAAGUUCUGGCCUGUUGGACCGACUGCCGCUUCUACCCGGCCAAAAUCCUCAAAGUCAACAAAGACGACUCAGGCGCCUGUCGCUUGUGACAGAAAGUGCAGAGCAUCAUGGGGACAGUGGGUCGGAGCUCAGUGAUUCUCAAACAGGUUUCUGUGGGACAAAAUGAGCCAAACAUCUGAUGCUGCUGUCAGAGGUCAGAGCUGAAGGAGGAGGGAGGAAGAGGAAAGAACCAGGAGGACCAGGAGACGCAGGAGGAGGAGAAGAAGGGAGGAGAAGAAGAGGAGACCUCAGAGGAGAAGGAAGGAGCAGAGGAAGAGGAGGAGGAGGAGAGGAAGACAGCAGAGCCUUCGUCCUCUCAUCCACCAACGAAGAAGAAGAUAGAAAACAACAGAAGUGAUGUAGUUCAGAAACAGCCAAUCACAGCAGACGCCACCCUGGCAGCAGUUCCUAACCCCGCCCACAUAGACAGAGAUGUCCUGAUGGAGCGCCAGGCUCACCUUCCCACCACACACAAGUUCAGCAGAGAGCCACUCUACAGGGUGAUAAAGAACCAGCCUCCUCCUAUUCUGUCCAUCGAGUUGGACCACAACCCCUUCAAGUGUCCGGCUGCCGGCUGCUCCAAGUCCUUCAGGAAGGCCAGCCUGCUGCACUACCACAUCAAGUACUACCACUCCGAGCAGCACCUGGACAGCGGCGGCGCCGAGCCGGAGGCCUCCAGGAGGAAAAGGUCUGCUUCUGAAGGAGGCGACUUCCCGUCCAGCAAGAAGGCCGACGUCCAGACCGGCGCCUGUCGCCGUGACGACAGAGAGCAGAGCAUCAUGGGGACCGAGCUGAAGAAGGAGGAGAGGAAGGAAAAACCAGGAGGACACGACAGGAAGGAGAGGAAGCACUUCCUGCGAGUCAAACUGAGGAAGAAGAAAAAGAAGAAGAAGAAGAAGAGCCAGUCAGGAUUCUGCAGCAGCGACGACGAUGCCCCGGACCGACCGCCCCUCACUCUGAAGCUCUCACACUCACACGUCGACGACGGCAGCGACUGGUCGACGCUGACGGCUGAGAGCGGCGAGGACACGUGCUGGCCCGUUGCUAUGGAGACGGAAGACUGUGAGGUGGUGAGGUGCGUGUGUGAGGUGGACGAAGAGAACGACUUUAUGAUUCAGUGCGAGUCGUGUCUGUGCUGGCAGCAUGGAACCUGCAUGGGUCUAUAUGAAGACAACGUUCCUAACAACUACAUCUGUUACUACUGCAGGCAGACGUCAGGCUGGAGGCGGGCCCAGCGCUUCCUGUCUGAACCCGAUUUGCUGAUCUCGGGUCACAUGUUUGGCCUGUCCUGCGUGAAGGAGAACUACUCAGAAAUCAACGCCUCCAAGAUCUCCCACACCAGCCACCUGCUGGCCCAGACGCACAGCCUGCACCAGGUCCUGAGCGGCCUGCAGCUCAAGAUCAGCCUGCUGCACUCUCCGUCCCACCCCGACCUACAGCUGUGGAGAUCGCCAUGGCGACAGGAGGAGGCUCUGAACCUGACAUCCGGCCAGCAGGACGAGCCGCCCAUCUGUUACGUCAGCAGCGAACACUGCUACCAGAAACCAGAGGCAUCAUGGGAAAUGGCUGAGGACAAGGUAGGAGAGCCUGAAGAUCUGAGGAAACAACCGUCUCUGAGCUUCAUGGACGCCGACGCCGUGAGCCACUCAGACGCUCGCUUCUUCCUCAGCAUCAAACCGGAGAGCCGCUCGGAGGACGCCGGCCACGCCCACAGACAGGCCGCCGUGUCUGUGGCUCAGUGUCGGCUCAACCUGCUGGAGCACGUCGAGGCGCUGCAUCACCAGAUCACCGCCAGGAUGGACCUGAUCGAGCGAGAGCUGGACGUUCUGGAGUCUUGGCUGGAUCACUCUGGGGAGCUGGAGCCUCCAGACCCUUUGUCCCGCCUCCCGCAGCUGAAGCAGCGAAUCAGGCGCCUGCUGAGUGACCUGUGUACUGUGCGGCGCCUGGCAGUCUGCCGCUGAGCGACUGACAGCCGCAGGCGAGUGGAAACGUAACGCUCUGUGAGUCGGUUCUGCUGGAAGAACUUUUUUGUAAAAAGAGACUAAACCUGGAGCUGACCUCUCUGACCUGUCCUCUGAUUGGCUGGCUGCUCCGGUUACAGACGCGCCUCCAAACAUGAACACAGAUCAUUUUAUAACUCAGAUUUUGUAAUUGCACUAAUGUUAAUACCAACUGUAAUUAUUUCCUGUUUUGUAAUUUCAAAUGAAAAAAACACAAUGAUGAGUUUUAAAGUUAGUUUUUUUUCCAGCAGCAGAGUUUCAGUUUCAUCCCCAGAAGCUUCAUUUGUUCAGCUGUGAACAGACUGUAUGCAGGAUACCUGGAUACAGGUAUCUGGUUUUGUAGAAUAAACCAGAUGAAACUCCUGAUGGAUCAGGACGGAUUUAUUUCUGAGGUUCAGGUUCGGUUCACUUGAGGACAGAUGAAGGAUCAUCUGAGCUGAAUCAUUCUGUCUGACAUGUGAUGACAGCAGAAUUGAUCCAAUCCUGAAGGGUUCAGAUCUUCUCUGUGAUCCAUUAGUCUGGUCUGGUUCAACAGAACCUGAUUGGCCCUUGUUCCAGCUUUAUUAGCGUUAGCCCUGUGGAGGUUCUGGUUCUGCUGCGGUUCUGUUACCCGCCUGAUCUCCUGGGUCAGAUGAUGAAGAUGAUGAUCCAGGAGAUCAGGGAAGCGUCUGCAGCAGCAGAUCUAUCUGUUGGCCAUCAUAGGUGGGAAAGCACUAAAUUUAUGUUUCUGGUUAAAAGGUGAAUGCAGAAAGAAUAAAAACCUGUCGGCCAAAUGAAAAAUAUUCAUCUGAGUGAAACUUGAUCCAUGUUUGGCUGAUUAAUCCUUCAUCUGCUGAGCUUGACUUUCCACUCCAGAUAUUGAAUGAAACUGAUGAUUUCAGCUCUUCUGCAGCAGAUCCUGCAGGAAUGUUGGUGUUUUACAAACAGUCUGGUUCCAACUAAAACCUGUUUAUAUAUCCGUACAGCAUAAGUUCUGUCACAUCCACUCAAAUAUUCACUGUUUUAAUGAAGAUAACUUGUAAAAGCUCCCAGACCUUAGAUUCUGUUUUUCUGUAGUUUUGUUUUUACAUCGGUGCUUUAUGAGCUUCCCUCUACAGACAAGCAGAAUCAGUUUUCAUUCCCACAGUUUCAGCAUUUUUUGUUUCUUUUUACUGAGCUAAAAGAGCUGCUUCAUUUCAGUUUAGUGAGAAGAAAGAUGCUGGUGCUUCUUCACAGCACAGCUUGGAAAUGUACAAAUGUUAAUCUGAAUGUUUUUAUGCUUGUAUAAGAAACUGUACAAACCUGUAGAUUUAUUUUGAUAGAGACGGAUGGACUGUUUUUCAGAGAGGAAAGUAGAUUUUUUCCUGAAAAUAAAGCAGUAAAAUGUCUUCAACACUUUGUUCUACCCGCUGGUUUUGAUCUGAUGGCGACGCCGUUAAAGCGUCUGUUUCCUCUCCUGUCAGUAGUUUAGACGUAAAGCUCUAGAUGUUCCUCAUUAACGCCUCGAAGCUUCGCUGUUCAUUUAGUUUCAGGAUGGAGGUUUUUGUUUUUCAGAGAUUCUUCCAUUGAAUAAAAAUGUUGAAACAUGA